AUGGCGCUCCCGCCAAAGUGGUAUCAGUUCCUCGUCUCCGUCUUCGCCUCAUUGGGCAGUGUCCUCUAUGGCUACGAUCUGGGAGUCAUCGCCGGAGCCGUUGCCUCUGAGAACUUCGUCAAUACAUUCAAGCCUACCAAUGCCGAAACAGGAGCAGUCGUGUCUGUCUUCACUGGAGGUGCCUUCUUUGGAGCGUUCUUUGCGGGUCCAGCGGGAGACUACCUCGGACGAAAGAAGACGAUUCUGCUCGGCGCUUUGAUUUUCAUCUUGGGUGGUGGUCUGCAGACUGGUGCGCAGGCACUGAGUUAUCUCUAUGCUGGACGAGCUAUCGCCGGCUUGGGCGUCGGAUUCCUGGUCAUGAUCGUUCCUCUUUACCAGGCUGAGCUUGCCCAUCCUGAUAUUCGUGGACGUGUCACAGCGCUGCAGCAGUUCAUGCUGGGUAUCGGCUCCUUGGUGGCCAGCUGGGUGGCCUACGCCACCUACACAUACCUCCCUGCCAGUGACAGCGGCCAAUGGCGCAUCAGCUUGGGCAUUCAAAUCAUACCUGCUGUGUUCCUUGCGUUGUUGAUCAUGUUCUUCCCUGAGUCUCCUCGCUGGCUAAUCGACCACGGCAAGACCGAGCUAGGCCUUCGCACCCUCGCCAAACUGCAUGCCCACGGCGACGAGAACAACGCCCGGGUCCGCGCCGAGUUCUACCAGAUCCAGGACAUGAUCACAUACGAGCACGAGAACGAGGCAAAGUCCUACAAGGAGCUCUUCACCCACAAGUCCUCCUUCCGCCGAUUGUUCCUCGCCGUAUCCAUCCAGGCAUCAGUGCAGAUGACCGGAGUCUCCGCAAUCCAAUACUACAGCCCGGACAUCUUCGCCCAGAUCGGCAUCUCAGGCUCAGACACCCUCAAGUACCAAGGCAUCAGCUCCGUCAUCGCCAUCAUCGCCCAGUUCUGCUGUAUCCUCUUCAUCGACUACACCGGACGACGAUGGGCUAUGAUCGGAGGCAAUCUGGGCAACUGCGUCACCUUCAUCAUCGCCACGAUCCUGCUCGCCAAGUUCCCUCCCGGCGACACGUCGAACAGAGCUGCCUCGUGGGGCUUCAUUGUAAUCACGUGGAUCUACAACUUCAGCUUCUCGGCGACGAACGGACCCCUUUCUUGGAUCGUCCCCGCCGAGAUCUUCGAUACCCGCACGCGAUCCAAGGGUGUUUCGAUCGCCACAAUGGUGAGCUUCGCCUUCAACACCAUGAUCGGGCAGGUCACGCCCAUUGCCAUCGAGAAGAUUGGUUAUCGGUUCUACAUCCUCUUCGUCGUGUGUAAUUUCACCAACGCUAUAUUCUUCUGGGCCAUCCAACCCGAGACUGCUAAGCGUCCUCUCGAGGAGAUGAACUAUCUAUUUACGAAUGCUCCACUCUUUGUGCCUGGUAUGAACAAGAGUGAUUGGAACCAGCAUGAUCUCGAGCAUCGUGUGGCGGAAGUGGAGGCAAAGGGGAGUAUUAGUAGCCACGCGGAGGAAGUGAGGGGACAGGGACGGUUUGAUAAGAUUUGA